ACACACAAUGUCUACAGGAGGGGUUGGCUACCCUUCCCGCUAAAAGUGUGAGUCAGGCAUCUGACCUUUUCCUCCACUCAGAAGCUGAUGUUGGCACCGUGUCCCCGCCGGCUGGCCUUGCCCAUUGCCUCUCAGGAACUCCAUCUUUCAGAGGGCGCCGGGGGAGACAGCUCAGUAGAUCCAGCACUUGCCACACAAGUGUGAGGACCAGAGUUCUGACUCCUGAACCCAUGUAAAUGAUAUGUGGAUGUGGUGGCCUGCCUGUGAUCCCAGUGCUCAGAAGGCGGGAAGGUGGCUAGCUCGUUAGCUAGCUCGUUACUAAUAUUGGUGGGCUCAGGGCUCGGUAGAGGACCCACCUCAUUGAGUGAGAUGGAGGAUCUUGACCUCCACUCUGGGCCUUCCCACCUGUGAAUACACAUGCGCACAGUUCCAGAUGGUUCAAAAGCUGCUAUUUGUCCUCUGCUUUAUUAAGCAUGCUUUGUAAGGGGUUGGCAGGAAAGGAUGCUCAACGUUGAGUUUUGAAGGAGAGAGGAUGCAGUUCUAAUACCAGAGAUAGGAGACCCUCCUAGUCUGGCUGCAGCAGAGAAGCAGCCAGGCUUUGCUUUUAGUUCCCUUAACAUUCGACGGCUUGCUGAGGAGAGGCGUGAAGACGGUGCAUAUACUUCCUUGAUUCGGCCCAGACAUCUGACUCUUCAGAGAAUCCAUGCUCCUUGAAAGCCACUCCUUUUAAAAAUCUAAACCACCAGAGGCCUCUCUUUCUUCCUCUUCCCAUCCCCAGUUUCCACGCACCUAUUAAAACCAGGAUGGGAAGCAUUUGCUGGCUGGUCCCAAUUAUUGUAUCCGCCUAAAAUGAAGGGCCUCCCUCCAAAAAUCUGGCAGUCUGGCCUCCACCUUUCCCCUACUUAACUCUCAGGACCCCACCCAUUCCCUGGGGUUGCUACUGCUGCUGCUACCUGGAGGCCGCACAUGGAUCUGGCUGUCCUGCCCGGACUUGCAGAACCGAACGGGCCAGGGGCCAAAUUCUUCAGUCUCCUUGGAAAGAGAGCAAUCGUACCAUCCCAUCACGGGUGAUAAAGAACCACCAAAGGAAAGAAUGACAGAUGCGCCCUGGCUCCUGGACCAGGACUCCUUCAGCCAGCCAAUAGCUUAGCUGGCCCUGAAAAUGCACCUCUGUAGGGAUGAGGGUAGGCACCUCUUCAGACUCUGCGGGCUGCUGGCCACCAGCAGUCAAAUUCCAAAGCGUGUGCGCCUAGGGCGGGGCCUGGUCUGUGGGGAGGACCGGGCCGCCCCCCACUCCUGGCUCCCGCGCCACACCGCAGAGGCUGGGUGGGAAGGGCGGGUGCCAGCGCACGCGCGCCACGAUCCCAGGGACUAGUGUUCCCGGAGCCUGACCAAGAUCAGUGUUUCAGGAGGGACCACCCGGAGUGUAUGCGAGCGGCCAGGGCGGACCAGAGGAAGAGGGCACCAUGGCGGCCCUCUUGCUACUGCUGCCCCUACUCUUGCUGCUGCCUCUGCUGCUGCUGCUGAAGCUGGACCUCUGGCCUCAGCUGCGCUGGCUGCUGGCCGACCUGGCCUUCACAGUGCGCGCCCUCCGCUGCAAAAAGGCCCUUCGAGAUCGCGCGCUGGCCGCAGCGGCCGCAGACCCGGAGAGCCCGGAGGGCGGCUGCAGCCUGGCCUGGCGCCUCGCGCACCUGGCCCGGGAGCGUCCGGCACACACCUUCCUCAUUCACGGAGCACGGCGCUUCAGCUACGCGGACGCAGAGCGCGAGAGCAACCGGGCUGCUCGCGCCUUCUUGCACGCACGCGGCUGGGCCGGCGGCGGCGGCGGCUCGGGCACCAGCAGCACCGAGGAAGGCGCACGCGCGGCGCCUGCCGCCCGAGACUCCGCGGCGGGAGGAGAGACGACCGCACCCCCUCUGGCACCCGGGGCGACUGUGGCGCUGCUCCUCCCCGCGGGCCCGGAAUUCCUGUGGCUUUGGUUCGGACUGGCCAAAGCCGGCCUGCGCACGGCCUUCGUGCCCAGCGCCCUACGCCGAGGGCCCCUGCUGCACUGCCUCCGCAGCUGCGAGGCCAGCGCGAUGGUCCUGGCUCCAGAGUUCCUGGAGUCCUUGGAGCCGGACCUGCCGGCCCUGAGAGCCAUGGGGCUCCACCUGUGGGCGACAGGCCCUGCAACUCAUCUUGCUGGAAUCAGCAAUUUGAUGUCCGAGGCAGCAGCCCAAGUGGAUGAGCCAGUGCCUGGGUACCUCUCGGCCCCCCAGAGCAUAAUGGACACCUGCCUGUACAUCUUCACCUCUGGCACUACUGGCCUGCCCAAGGCUGCUCGCAUCAGUCACCUGAAGGUCCUGCAGUGCCAGGGGUUCUACCAGCUGUGUGGCGUCCACCAGAAGGAUGUGAUCUACCUGGCGCUCCCACUGUACCACAUGUCUGGCUCCCUGCUGGGCAUUGCGGGCUGCUUGGGCAUUGGGGCCACGGUGGUGCUGAAGGCCAGGUUCUCAGCUAGCCAGUUCUGGGAAGAUUGCCAGAAGCACGGCGUGACAGUGUUCCAGUACAUUGGAGAGCUAUGCCGAUACCUCGUCAACCAGCCCCCGAGCCAGGCAGAGCGUGGCCACAAGGUCCGGCUGGCGGUGGGCAGCGGGCUGCGCCCCGACACCUGGGAGCGUUUCGUGCGGCGCUUUGGACCUCUGCAGAUACUCGAGACCUACGGGAUGACCGAGGGCAACGUGGCUACUUUCAACUACACGGGCCAGCCGGGGGCGGUGGGGCGCGCUUCCUGGCUUUACAAGCACGUCUUCCCCUUCUCCUUGAUUCGGUAUGAUGUCAUGACAGGGGAGCCCAUUCGGAAUGCCCAGGGGCAUUGUGUGGCCACAUCUCCAGGCGAGCCAGGGCUCCUGGUGGCCCCUGUGAGCCAACAGUCCCCUUUUCUGGGCUAUGCCGGGGCUCCAGAACUGGCCGAGGGGAAGCUGCUGAAGGAUGUCUUCUGUCCUGGGGACGUUUUCUUCAACACCGGGGACCUCUUGGUCUGUGAUAAGCAAGACUUUCUUCACUUCCAUGAUCGCACCGGAGACACCUUCAGGUGGAAGGGGGAGAAUGUGGCCACAACUGAGGUGGCCGAGGUCCUCGAGGCCCUGGACUUCCUUCAGGAGGUGAACAUCUAUGGAGUCACUGUGCCAGGGCACGAAGGCCGGGCUGGCAUGGCAGCCUUGGCCCUGCGGCCUCCACAGGCUUUGGACCUUGUGCAGCUCUACGCCCAUGUGUCUGAGAACUUGCCACCUUAUGCCCGACCUCGAUUCCUCAGGCUCCAGGAGUCUUUGGCCACUACCGAGACCUUCAAACAGCAGAAGGUUAGGAUGGCGAAUGAGGGCUUUGACCCCAGUGCGCUUUCUGACCCUCUCUAUGUUCUGGACCAGGAUGCGGGUGCCUACCUGCCCCUCACACCUGCCCGGUACAGUGCCCUCCUGUCUGGAGACCUUAGAAUCUGAGACCUUCCACCGAAGGGAGGGGCUCUGGGGGUACAGGCCACCAUGGCAGUACCAGGGGUUUCCGGGUAUCUUUUGUAUAUGGAGUCUUUAUUAUUUUGUAAUAAACAGCUGGAGCUUAUCUGGCUCA